GAGUAGCGUUUUUAUAUUUACAUCUCGCAGGUGUUUCAAUAGUCAGUGUAGAAAAAAUAACUCAAGCAUUCUAAUAAAACUUGUCAGAAGUUUUUACCUUUGCACUGAAGUGGAUAACAUGAUGGACAAUAACAUGCUGCUUAGCUUAUCCUGUUUUAUAUUGUUUGCUGCCAUGGCAACGUGUUAUCCUCCAAUGGAAGAUCCAAACCUAUUUGAAGGUGAUAUGAUUCUCAGUCCGGACCAAUUAGAAAGAAUCAAGAAAGGAGAAUUUAACAGAGAUCUCCCAUUAGCUGCAACUCGACAUCCAUGGCCCAAACUGAUUCCCUACGACUUGUAUGGACUAAAAACUAUUCCUAAAGCAAGAAAAGUUAUCGAAGAUGCUUUCAGAGAAUAUCAUAAAUACACUUGCUUACGAUUUAUUCCAAGAACAAAGGAAUUUGCUUAUUUACAGUUUCUUAACGGACAGGGCUGCUCGUCCAUGGUUGGUUACAAAAGAGGUAGAAAAAACACAAUUUCAUUGGGACCUAUCUGUUGGACAAAAGGGAUAGCCAUUCAUGAAAUCAUGCAUUCCUUAGGUUUUCAUCACGAACAAAGCCGACCAGACCGAGACAAAUAUAUCAGAGUGAUUGAUGACAAUGUCCUCAGCUACGCAACGGAUAACUUCAUCAAGUAUGGGGCUGACAAAGUUGACAGUUUGAACAGUCCAUACGACUUUUCCUCUAUCAUGCAUUAUAACGCAACUACAUUUGCCAAACAUGGCACCAAUGCUAUUGAGACUCUUGAUCCAACAAAACAAAAGCUGAUUGGCCAAAGAAUACGAUUGAGCAAAGAGGAUAUAUAUCAGAUUAACAAAUUGUAUCGAUGUGAUGAAGAGAAAUGGAUGACAACUCCUGUUAUACCAACUCUAGACCCAAACUGCAACGAUAUAUACCCUCACUGUGACAGAUACAAAUAUAGAUGCAAUUCUUCACAGACAGACGCCAUCACAAAAUGGGUGGCUCGUGAAUGUAAAAAAACAUGCGGAUUGUGUUAAAAAUGAUUUUGAUCAGACAAUAAUAGCA